ACUGUGAGGAGGGGUGAAGGCUGGAUGAGAGUAGGAGUGCCCAUCUUCGAGUUGCCAAUUCCUCUUCUCGCCUCCACUUCUUUGCCCAUCGUCGUUUCGCUCUUGCCUCUGGUGAUUCUCGCACGUUCUCGGCGUUGUAGGGGAAAUGGUGCUCUGUUUCAGAGAGGUAAAGUAGCCGGUCAGGCGUCGUGGUUUGUUGGAGGCUUGAAGGAAUUGGUCAAUUCUUAGAAGAGCUUCGAAAAUCAACGUUGAUCGGCUUAGCUUGUUGUGAAGAGGGCCUUUUUCUACGGCCUUCGCGUAUUCUUUCCUCUCAUAUUUUCGGUUGCAAAGGUGAUUUUAUUGCACCUCAGGAAUUUGCAUCUCUAUCAACGGAAGGUUUUGUUGACGCUGCCGUGAGAGUCGAUAUAGUGAGCACAGUUUGGUGGCUUGAGUCCACUAAGAAGAGGAUGACAUUGCUUGAGCAGAUGCACAUCGUUUCAGGCGUUCCUGUAGAGAUUUUUGCAUGCAGAGAGGGACGGGCCCCUGUGCGAUUAAUCUACCCAUUUAAACUGAUUCUGUGAGCAGUGGGUUUCUCUUUUUUCCUUCACCUUUUCUGUACUAUUUUGUACAUUUAGGGGCUGUGCAAUAUAUUGUAAAGAAGUUCUCGAAGUGUGAACGAAAAGGGGGUUGGAACACAUCAGAAAACUUUUAAGGCUAGCCUGAUCCCCGAGACACAUUCAUUUUUUGUGUUUGUGGGGGGGGGGUGGCAGUCGAUGUAGAGAGCACACUCCUAUAGAGGUGACAUCUGAGCAUGCGAGAGGAUGUCCUCCGGGAAUUACAGCAGACCGGAGUAACAUUUGCGUUGUAAAAAAAAAGAAAAGAAAAAGAAGAGUCGGAACCUAUUACUUUCAGGGCUGUCUGAAGGAGAAUCACCAACCAAUUGACUGAGAUCCUGAAGGUAGUUCAAGAAGUUUCCGAGAGAGCAUCUAUUGGGAAGUUAUUUCCAGCUAAGAGCAGUGGCACACAGGGCGGAAGUCAGUAAUACGAAACAAGACGCUGCGCUUGGGAUGUCUCUUCAGCAACAGCAUCGGCAACAUGCUCCCGAGAUACGGCUCCCUGCAGAUGUGGACUGGCAUAUGCUUGACAAGUCCAAGUUUUUCGUGUUGGGAGCUGCACUUUUCUCCGGAGUCUCGGCCACACUUUAUCCGGUUGUGGUUCUUAAAACUCGACAACAGGUUAUGGCCGUGAACCAGUCUUGCACAAUCAUGGGCUUGAACAUACUGAGAACACAGGGUAUCCCUGGUCUUUACAAAGGUUUCACCACCUCUCUCAUGGGAACCAUCCCGGCUCGUGCGCUGUACAUGUCAACUCUGGAAAUUACAAAAACAAAUGUGACUACUCUCGCUACGAAAUUUGGAGGAAUGUCCGAGCCUACUGCAGCGGCUGUGGCCAAUGCUGCAGCAGGCUUGACGGCCUCUGCUGCUGCCCAGCUUGUAUGGACUCCUAUCGAUGUGGUCACUCAGAGACUCAUGGUACAAGGUGGCCAAGGGGGACUUGCAGUAAAGUACAAAAGUGGUUUUGAUGCGUUUCGGACCAUCAUGAGACAGGGCGGUGUGCGGGGUCUGUACAGAGGGUUGGGCAUGUCGGUAUUGACAUAUGCUCCAUCUAAUGCACUUUGGUGGGCCUCCUAUUGUGUCACUCAGAGGUCUAUUUGGAUGUCCCUAGGAUAUCGCGGGAAAGAUGGCGAGCUUUGUGUGCCCAGUUCAGCCAUGCUUGUCGGUGUGCAGGGAUUCAGUGCAGCCUGUGCUGGGGGUUUUGCAGCGGUUGUCACGACCCCAUUUGAUACUGUGAAAACCCGAAUUCAGGUUUUAGAAAAUGAGGCUGGUAAGCGUGCGACUGUCGGACAGACUUUGAAAACUCUUGUUAAAGACGGUGGUUGGAAAGCACUUUACAGGGGCUUUGGCCCACGGUGGGCUAGCAUGUCAAUGUCUGCUACUACCAUGAUUACAACUUACGAAUUUCUUAAGCGCUUAUCUGCCAAACCACAAGAGUGAAGCAGUGACGUGACCAGGGUGAAGCCGGUAAAUUAGGAGCGGCGAGCUUGAGAUUAAGCACAGGAAUUUGCUGCCCUUCGACUCUUUAAAUGGGAGUUAUUAGGGAAGUAAUUUGUUAGGGCAUUCGCUCGAGUUGAAUGUAUAGGAACUCUUGAAUUUUUCUUUCUGGAGUGGUGAUAGGGGAUUUGUUGUAGAGCUUGCUUGAGCAGACCAGGAAAUUGAUUGGCAGGAUAGAAUGGGUGUGAAAAUGGUCAGUUGAUAUCUGGGGUACUUCUUGAGGGUGUGCGUGUGUGAGAGCUAAAGUGCUACAUAUUUAAUUGUAUAUUAAUCACAGGUUAGGGUGAGAAGGGUGCAUUCAGCAUUAUAGAAUGUAUUAUGUCAAUGAUGGUACUCACACAGACAUGGACUGCCUCUCCAGGUAGUUGGCUGUAAAGUUUAUCUCCUGCAAUGUAUACUACGAUCAUAUGGAUGAGAAGUUGUAAUUUUUAAAAACAUUGAAGAAUACUAUAUUCUCCAAUGUAUCUCUUGUAUUCGUA